AGGAGAACAAGCUCGAGUACACGCUGUGCCACAACGAGUUCAAGCAGCUCAUCGACAGCCUCUUCAUGGUCCACCUGCUGGAGGAAAGCGCGGCGAGGGUCCGAGGCUGCCCGCGGCAGCCGAAGGUCGCGUCGCUGCUGCUGGCGCACGACUCGUCGCAGGCCGGCGGCUGCCUGGCCAGCGCCGUAGUGGUGGCGCUCGAGGUCGGCGAGGAGAAGGUGCAGGAGCCUCCUACGAAGAAGGCCCGGACCGACAAGGCUCCACAGCUGUCGGGCGAUAAGGCCAGGUGCCUGCAGAUUCUGCUCAAGCAUAAGGAGUUGAAGCUCCAGAAGGACCCGCAGUCGAUGCUCCGGAUGAAGGGCAAGGGGGCUGUAACGAGGUCGCUGGCCCAAGCAGAAAAAGAGCUGCUGGAGAUGCAGAGGUCGCUGAAGACAAACCCGAACACCUUCCACGUGCUUGCGCGGAAGCACUCGGAGUGCGACUCCGCGAUGCAGCCGGGCCAGAGUGCCGGCGACCUCGGCUGGGUCUCGAGGGGCUGCUUCCCCGACCCGCAGCUCGAAGAUGUCAUGUUCGCGCUCAAGGCGUACGAGGUGAGCGACAUCAUCACCACGCCCCGGGGCCUCCACAUCCUGCAGCGGAUCGCGUGACGCCCCGGACGGCGAGGGAGAUGCCUGCCCUGUGCAGCCCUCGCGGGGGUUCGAGCGAGCAGGUAAAUGAGCGA